GCGCCGAGAAUGUCUUCUAGACCCCUGGGCGCGGCCAUCGCGGCUCCAUCGCGAACCCCAACGUAGGCUUGAUGGAAAUUAGCCCCCGCCGGAUCGGGCAUGCCAACUAUACCCCACGUGCCACCGGGCCUUGAGCCGGUGCGUAUGGGAGACUAACAUCGGGCCUCGUCCGAGCGGGAGCGAUGCAGAGGCCCCGAGGAGAAUAUAAGGCGCGAUGCCCCGACGCUACGAUGCUCUGCUUGGUGUUUGGCUUCAUCCGGCAAACGGUCGUUCAUUCUUUCACGACUGCUUCGGGGUAAAGCAGCAUUCCUUGAUACUUGUCACUCUUGCAGACUCUCGUUCACCAGUCUCGUUCCCUUUUUCUAUUUUGAUACAUUCUCUCUUUCCAUCAUGCAGCUCAGGGCGAUCACUGUGGCGUACGCCACGAUGGCCAUGUUGUCGUCGGGCGUGCUGGCCAAGUCCGACACCUGCAAAUUGAUCAAGACCCAAAGCAGCAGCAUCGCCGAGUACUCGGGCAUCUUCAACAGGGAGUACAACAAGGAGACCGGGGAGUACUGGUCCCAGGGAUGCGCGGGCCUCAAGCCCGACUGCGUUCUCGAGCCGCAGAACGCGCAAGAGGUGUCGCAGCUGAUGAAGGUGCUGGCCGGUAACAGCGACGAGUUCGCCAUCAAGUCAGGCGGGCACAACCCCAACAACCGCUACGCCAGCGUCAAGGACGGCGUCCUCAUCUCGACCAAGAAGAUGAACGAGGUCACCAUCGACCGGGCCCGCGGCGUCGUCACCGUCGGCCCGGGCAACCGGUGGGACGACGUCUUCAAGGGCCUCGAGGGCUCCGGCCUGGCCGUCGUGGGCGGGCGCAUGGGCAACGUCGGCGUCGGCGGCUUCCUGCUGGGCGGCGGCCUGAGCUUCCUGAGCACGCAGUACGGCUGGGCGGCCAACAACAUUGUCGAGUUCGAGCUCGUGACGCCCAACGGCACCAUCGCGACCGUGUCGGCGGACAAGCACCCGGACGUGUUCGAGGUGCUCAAGGGCGGCGGCAACAACUUUGGCAUCGUGACAAAGUACGUGCUCAAGGCGCACCCCAUCGGCAAGGUCUGGGGCGGCAACGUGAUGUACGGCAAGGAGAAGACGGGCGAGCUGCUCGCGCUAAUCCGCGACUUCACCGAGCACUACGACGACCCCAAGGCCGCCAUCAUUGCCACGGUGCAGUUGACGGUGCUCAACGCCAUCGAGAUGUGGACGCUGUUCCUGUUUUACGACGGCCCCACCCCGCCCGCGGGCAUCUUUGACAAGUUCGACAAGGUCGGGCCGACCAUCAACAACUGUAAGACGCGCGAGUACGGCGAGCUGCUCAGCUACAACAACUGGGCCGUCCUGCACGGGUCCCGCUACGUCAUCGCGACCGAGACGACGCCGCUGCCGCCCGCGUCCGACAACGGCAACAUGAUGCGCGCCUACUUUGACCACUGGCGCUCCACCUCCAAGAAGCGCGCCGGAGAGCUCGGCAUCAUUUCGUCCAUGGCCUUCCAGCCCAUCCCCAAGUCGCUCACGCGCAUCGCGCGGGCCAGCGGCGGCGACAUGCUGGACCUGGACGACGCGGCCGACCGCAUCAUGUUCGAGUUCAACUACUCGUACCUGCUCGGCACGAGCGACAAGGCGAUCGACAAGACCACGGUCGAGCUGACGACGGGCAUCAAGUCGCUCGUCGACGGCUUCGUGCAGGCCGGCCGCCUGCCCAACGUCCACAACCCGCUCUUCCUCAACGACGCCUACUACAGGCAGGGCUACUUCUCCCGCCUCCGGCCCGAGAAGAGGCAGAAGGCCGUCAACGUGCGCAAGAACCUCGACCCGCAGGGCCUGUUUGCUCUCCGCACCGGCGGACCCAAGGUUUAGGGGGUGUUGUGGGUUGUGGAUAUGGAUAAAAGAUGGGUGCAUGCUUUACAACACAAUUUCAAGUCCCCUCACGAGGGUGAGUUAUAGUAGUAAAAUUAAUAAGGAGCCGCCGUUUCCCCAGUUUGCUUUUAAAAUGUUCAAAUGCCCAGGCGGC